GGGAGGACCAAGCUUCGUCGACGUCGACUCCUCGUCCUCCCUCACCUCGCUCGCUUCUCUGCAAUUCUCCGCAGCCCUCCUCUUUCGGUCUUUCCCGCUGGCCUCCUCUUUUCAAAACCCUCGCUAAUCUCGUGCCCCGUCCCACCCACCUCUAGCUUCGAAUCCUAGCGCCUCGCCUCCGCAUUCUAGGGUUUCCCCGCCUCCGGCGCCGGCCAUGGAGGCGGUGGUCGUCGACGCGGGCUCUAAGCUGCUCAAGGCCGGCAUCGCGGCGCCCGACCAGGCACCCCCACUGGUAAUGCCGUCGAAGAUGAAGCUGGAUGUUGAGGACCAGGAGAUGGCUGACGGCGCGGUGGUAGAGGAGGUGGUGCACCCUGUGGUGCGCGGCUUCGUCAAGGACUGGGACGCCAUGGAGGACCUACUCAACUACGUCCUGUACAGGGACAUUGGGUGGGAGAUUGGGGACGAGGGUCAGAUUCUCUUCACCGAACCCCUCUUCACGCCAAAGACUCUUCGGGAGCAAUUGGUGCAGCUUAUGUUUGAAAAGUUCAAUGUUUCAGGCUUUUAUGCCUCUGAACAGGCUGUAUUGUCACUCUAUGCUGUUGGACGCAUUUCAGGAUGUACCGUUGACAUUGGUCACGGGAAAAUAGAUAUUGCUCCAGUUUGUGAAGGAGCUGUUCAACACAUAGCUUCUAAGAGAUUAGAGAUUGGGGGAGUUGACUUGACAAACCUGUUUGCACAAGAACUGAAAAAAUCCAACCCAUCAGUAAACCUUGAUGUUGCUGAUGUUGAGCUGCUGAAAGAGCAGUAUGCGUGUUGCACAGAAGAUUAUUUGACUUUUGAAAGUAUAGAAAGCUCUUGCCAACCAGAAAAGCACACUCUUCCUGAUGGGCAGGUUAUAACAAUUGAAAAAGAGGGGUACAUUGUUGGUGAAGCUUUAUUUCAACCACGUAUAUUGGGCUUGGAAGAUUAUGGUAUCGUUCACCAGCUAGUUACUAGUGUCUCAAAUGUUUCAUCAGAGUACCAUCGUCAGCUGCUUGAAAAUACCAUGUUAUGUGGUGGCACCUCAUCAAUGACUGGCUUUGAGGACAGGUUCCAGAGAGAAGCAAAUCUGUCUGCUUCAGCAAUCUGUCCAUCACUUGUGAAGCCUCCUGAAUACAUGCCCGAGAACCUAGCAAGGUACUCGGCCUGGCUGGGUGGUGCGAUAUUGGCUAAGGUCGUUUUCCCUCAAAACCAGCAUGUGACCAAGGGCGAGUAUGAUGAGACGGGGCCGUCCAUUGUGCACAAGAAGUGCUUUUAGAGACAAAUGCCUUGAACUAGCACGGUUGGUGCACCAUUUGCUGCUGUUCAUGUCGCAGGUGUCCUCGUACCUGAACGUUGCGGCCUUGCGGGUGCUGAUGCAGCGAUGCUUGUGUCUACACCUUACUCCAGCCACAGUUCAUACCUGACGGUUGCUAAGUGUUGAUGCAUCUAGCUAGCUCGGUUAGGAUGGAUUGGCCCUUAGGUUUAUUUAGAGUGGAAUGGAGUGUAGCCUCGGCAUGUAUUCCUUAGGAGUUUUAGCCAAUUGCUCAUUUGUACCUGUAGUACCAGAGAAUUUCCUGAGUUGAGAUUUCCUUUUAAAUUUACAUUAUGAUCC